AUCCUUCUUCCUUAACCUUUGGAAUAGCUGAGACUAUAGGCACCUGUCACUGUGCCCAGCUGUGACUGUUCAGAUUUUAACUAGAUGUUGUGUAAAUUAUUGACCUCAGAGUUUCAGCUAAAGCCACAUUCACAUGUUAAUGUUACAUAUUUCUGAAGUUGGGAUCAGAGCUAUUCAGUAAGUUUUGAGGGGAUGUUUACACAUUGUCUGUGAACUUGCUUCAUCUAUAACUUUCAGAUGAUGAUGAAUGGUCUGACCAGUGGGAUAUAUUAUUGUGACUAUGACUUUUUGCUUUUGCCAAUGAUAAAGAAUAUAGUCCCCCUUUCACUGAUAAAACAGAGUUUCUCAUACUAUAGACUGAAGACUGCCUACAACAUAAUCACCUGUGGAGUAAUUCUGAACUCUAAUUCCUUGUCUCCAUUCCAGAAGAUUCUGAAUUGGCAAACCUUGUGUGAUGCUCAGCAACCUGCAUUAUGAUAAGCUCCUCAAAUGGUUCUUAUAUGUCCUGAAGUUUAAGAACACCCUAUUAUAAUGGGUUAAUUCAAAGACUCCUCAAAGGCCUCAGGAGUGUUUAUUGAUAAAGUCCAAUGUCAGGUGCAAAUUCAAAGAUAAAUGAACUGAUGGAUCCAAUGUCUCUUGCCAAAAUAAUCUAUGAUGACUGAGUCUAUGAGAUGUUAAUGUUUUCUGAAACAAGACUUCUGUGAUUAAGCUUGGGAAAUGCUGGGUUAAAGUCAAAUUAAAUCAUUUACCAGAGGAAUUUCCAGAAACUCUAAUAGGCCAAGUAUGCAAUUAGAUUCUCCAUAGGAAGAAUCUUUUAUUCAGGGAACAUCUCACAGACUAAUUUCCCUUGAAGCACACUGCUAAACUAGUCCCAUUUUACAAUUGGGAAAACUGAGACCAAGAUUGGCAAAGAAACCGACCUCACUUCAAGGAAAUUACUGAAUAGGGAUGAAUCAGAGCUCUGAUUCUUCACCUCAUAUCAUGACAACUUUUGGUUUCCAUUAAUAGAGUCAGAUUGUGGCUGUCCUAAGUAAAAAAGGAAAUUAUUUGGGGGAAAAUGGGAGCUUACAGAAUCAGCAGGAAGCUGGGAGACCAGGUGAAUAAGGCCAGAAACCAAGGGAGACAUAAGCAAGUACCAGUAAGUGUCUUAGUCACGAGAAUGAGUUCUAAUCAUCCCUUCACUUUGGACCACUUGCUGAAGAUUCAGAAUCCUGGUUGGGAAUAUCUAAUUUUCUGAACUUCAGAACUUAAUUCCUGCAGUGGCUGUUUGGCAGAAGCUGAAAGCUACUACUGCAGGGAACCAAUUUGAACUGAAGUUCAUGAAGUCUGAGAUCAACGGACUGGCAACUCUUCGGGCUUCAGAAAUAAUGUGGUCAUGCUGUGUGUGUCUCAUUGCACUUCUGGGUUACGGUUCACUUAAUUCUAUGGGAUAAAAUAGGCCUCUGUUUAAAAUAGCAUUUUCACCUGCAAGUUAGAAACAAAUAAAACAAAACUAAUUUUGAAGUAAAAACCCUGUCUCUCCUAUAACUUGCCUAUAAAUUCCACAUGCUAAAAUUAUAGAAAUGCUUUUACUAAUACAAAACAGAAAAUAUGAAAAAACAAUUGACAGUUGUUAUUUUAAAAGGAAGUGGAAAUCCAAAAGAGGAAGACGUGAGGCUUAGCAAAACACUGGACUUAAAAAUGAUGCAAACAAAGCUAGGAGAGAAGGAAAGUAAACUGGUAAAGAGUUUUACAAUACUUGUACACUAUAAAAUGUAAUGGAAUGUGUGAUGUCCCUAUUAUGAUUUGGAAUUUAAGACAAAAACGAAAGCAAUGCGUUAGAUCCACUCCCCAUGACCCUGUUCAUAGUAGUCAUAUAACUUGGUGCUCCCUUUCUGUGCACGCAGGUACUUGAAGAUUGCUCCUAAGAAAAUGCCACUUCAGUGGUGGACGGGUAUCUUUCUGGCAAAAUAUUGUUUAAUUAUUUUACCUUAUUAACCUGCGAGUGAAAAAGAAUGUUUGCCAUUUCUAAUACAGGGACAGAUCUGGGCACUUGGAGUACAGAAAUGAGCACAACAUAGCAAGCGAGAGUGAUGGUUAAAUGGACGAUGACAACGCAGUGCUUUAGAAGCAGGGAAAAGAGUCCGGUGUGAACUGCACUCAACUUCGAUCUGUACAGAGGGGACCAGGUGUUUUAAAGGGAGAAUGAAGGAGUAGAGAGAAAGGUGGAAAAAUGUUAAUCAGUGAAACAGCCUAUUUUUGGUCAGGAGGAAUGGCACAAAGUAGAUCUGAAGGAAAUUUGGUUGACAUGGAAGCCCAGAAACUCUCAAAAAAUUGCAGUACUACAGAAUGCCAAGACCCAGACUUUCUUCACAAUUGGCCGGAAGCUUUUGCCCUUCAUGGUAAUAAUGCUUGCAAAGCUACGAAUCCAUUCUGGAAUGAACUGUCUGCUUCUAACCCAUUUUUGGAUGACAUAACUCAGCUAAGAAAGAACAGGAAGAGAGAUAAUAUUUCCAUCUUGAAGGAAGAUCCUUUUCUUUUUUUAAGAGAAGUAGAAAAUGGAAAUUCUUUUGAUUCCUCUGGUGAUGAACUCGAUGUGCGAAAAUUACUUAGGCAUUCCUCCUCAAGGAAAUCUGGAAGAUCUAAAAGUGUUUCAGAACUUCUGGACAUUUUAGAUGACACAGAACAUGCCCCUCAGAGUAUACAUAACUCUGACCAGAUCCUAGAACAAGACUUAGAAUGGCUUCAAAAUGACAGAGAAGCUUAUAAAAUGGCUUGGUUAAGUCAACGCCAGCUGGCCCGCUCCUGUCUGGAUUUGAAUACAAUUAACCAGAACCCUGGAUGGGCCCAAACACAAGUUGCAGAGAUCACCAUAGUUUGUAAAUUAAACCACCAAGGAGGGUCGGUACAAUUACCUGAAUCAGACAUCACUAUUCACGUACCCCAAGGCCACGUAGCUGUGGGAGAAUUCCAAGAGGUGUCUCUAAGGGCUUUUCUUGAUCCUCCACAAAUGCUUAACCAUAAUCUUUCCUGCACUGUAAGCCCUCUGUUGGAAAUCACGUUAGGAAACCUUAAUACAAUGGAAGCCAUUUUGCUGGAGAUGAAAAUUGGUGCUGAGGUGAGAAAGGAUCCUUUCAGCCAAGUCAUGACAGAAAUGGUGUGUUUACACAGCCUGGACAAAGAAGGCCCUUUCAGGGUGUUAAGCAACUGUUACAUUUAUAAAGAUACCAUCCAAGUCAAGCUAAUGGACUUGAGUCAGGUGAUGUAUCUAGUGGUUGCUGCACAAGCUAAAACUAUUCAGUCACCAGCCACCACCAUUUGGGAUUAUAUCCACAAAAUCACCUCAAUUGGAAUUUAUGGACCCAAAUAUAUCCAUCCCAGUUUCACUGUUAUUUUCAUAGUUUGUGGACACAGUUACAUGCCAGGAAAGCUUACAAUCUCUGAUAUUAAGAAGGGUGGAAAAAACACAUCUCCAGUUGUAUUUCAGCUCUGGGGGAAGCAUUCAUUUUUACUUGACAAGCCACAAGAUCUAAGUAUUUCUGUUUUUUCAUGUGACCCUGAUUUUCAAGUAAAGGCAGAAGGAGACAGGAAAGGAAUUAAACAAAAACAGUUGGAAGCAGGUGAAAUAGUUCAUCAACCAUUUUUAUUUUCUUUAGUUGACCACAGAGAGAUGCACUUGUUUGUUUUCUGUGUUCAGGUGGAGCCCUCCCAUGGUGAAGCAGUUGCACAGUUCUGUAUCACUACACCUGAUCCAGCCCCGAACCUAAAAAGGCUCUCAAAUCUGCCAGGUUAUUUGCAGAAGGAGAAGAAAAUCAAGUCUACUCCUUUAUUACCAACAGUGCUUGUUAAAUAUCCCACAUUUCAAGAUAAAACGUUGAACUUUACCAACUAUGGGGUGACCUUGAAGGCAGUACUGAGACAAAGCAAGAUUGACUACUUACUUGAAUAUUUCAAAGGUGACACAAUAGCACUUCUUGGAAAAGGGAAGGUCAAAGCCAUUGGGCAGUCCAAAGUUAAAGAAUGGUAUGUGGGAGUCCUCAGAGGUAAGAUUGGACUUGUCCAUUCCAAAAAUGUCAAGGUGAUUUCAAGGGAACAAGUAAUGUCUACGUCAGAUACCAUCUUUACAACCAGAAAUCUUCUUGAACAAAUUGCUCUGCCUUUUAAAAAACUAACUUAUAUCUACUCAGUUGUAUUGACCUUGGUGUCAGAAAAAGUUUAUGACUGGAAAGUUUUAGCUGAUGUCCUGGGUUACUCGCAUCUGGCACUGGAAGAUUUGGUUCAAACACAAGCGGACAAAGAGUCAGAAAAAGUUUCCUACGUUGUGAAGAAGUUAAAGGAAGAUUGCCACGCAGACAGAAAUACGAGAAAGUUCCUUUACGAACUUAUUGUGGCUCUGCUGAAGAUGGAUUGCCAAGGAUUAGUAAUACAUCUCAUCCAAGAGGCUGCUAUUCUGACUUCGGCUGUCAAGCUUGGAAAAGGCUGGAGGGAACUAGCUGAAAAGUUAGUACGACUCACAAAGCAACAAAUAGAGGCAUAUGAAAUUCCUCACCGAGGAAAAGCUGGGGAUGUUGCUGUUGAGAUGAUGUGGAAACCUGCCUAUGAUUUUCUCUAUACCUGGAGUGCUCACUAUGGAAAUAGCUACAGAGACAUAUUACAAGACCUUCAAUCAGCUUUGGACAGAAUGAAAAACCCUGUGACCAAACAGUGGCGAGACUUAACUGGAGCUUUAAUACUAAUAAAUUCAUUAGAGGUUUUGAGAGUAACUGCAUUCUCCACUUCUGAGGAAGUAUAGAAAUGAAGGGCACGUUUUUAAGUGGAGAAAAAUGAAGUCCCUCCUCUGCUUCCAUAUGAAGUUUCCCCCAAUGUGCUGCGGUAUGGCUCAGUGAGAGUGAAGUUCCCAUUAUGCCAGGUGGGAUAAUCCAGAGAUAUUUUUCAGAAUAAAAUGACACGUUGAAGGUUAGUUUUUUGCAUGCUCAUUUACUGGUCCACAACACAAAAGAAAAAGUGAACACGUAUAUAUACGAAACUUGAAUUUGUACAUAUCUAGCAUCUGAUAUGUAUCUGAUAUUCAGCAUCAAGAUUUCACUGAAUGUUGUAGAAAUAUGUGGCUUUUGCAUACAUAUUUUACAUUGUUUUCUAUUUAUGUACAUCUAGAAAGCUUCAAGCAUAAUAAAUAGUUUUGCAAUUUUGAAUAAAAAUGUCAGUUACUAUAUGAGGGAAUAGAGGUGGAGAGAUUAGCACUGGAUACGAAUUAGUAAUGUCAAGGAGAAAAUUCCGGAGUAAGCACUGUUGUUGUCUUAAGGAGCACAGCAUGGAUGACUUCCUCUGCAAGACACCGGUCCAGGAGUUGACAGUUGGGGCUCCUAAUCUUUGCCCAUUAAUCCCUAUGUAGACCUGUCCCUCAGCCUUCUUUUGCUUCAGUUUCCCCCCCGAGUAAAAGGAGAAGCUGGAUCCAAGUAACCUCUAAUAGUGCCCUUAGGUUUAAAUGUCUAUGACUGUAUAAUGAGUAGAAUAUAUUGUGCUUUUGUGUAUUCAUUUUGCUAUGAGCAAAGAGAAUGUAAAUGAACAGUAAUAAUUUGAAUACCGGUAAUGCACAAUAAAAUAAUUUCCCCUUUGUGUGAUGCACAGCACAUAUAGCACACCUACAUAAGCACACUAAGCACUUUAUAGAUAUUUCAUUUAUUCUUUACAUAACCUUAUAAAAGUGGUUAUAUAAUAUGUACUGUUUUGAAUAUUUGGAAAUCACCAACUAAUCAAAACAAACUACAGUAUGGUGAUUGAGUACUGAGUUAGAGGUCAGCAAUGGUUUUACUGGGAGCUACUCAAACCACACUGCCAAACAUACUUCAGUCUCAUUGCCAAGAUCUUAGACCAGGCAAUAUUAUGGUAGCGGUUCUGCAACUACAUCAGCAGCAGAAUCACCUGGAGGGCUUGUUGGAUAGACAGCUGGACUCCACCACCAGAAUUUCUAAUGGAGCAGAUCUGGAGUGAGGCCUGAUAACUUGCAUUUCUAAUAAGUUCCCAAGUGAUUCAGAUGUUGCUGAUCCAAGAACCCCACUUUGAGAAAUGCUGUAUUAAAAUUUCCUUCUUCUCUAUAGAACAAAAGAGUCUUUGUUAAAUCAAAAACCUUUACUUUUACACAGUACAAUUGCAUGUCAUUCUCUUAGAGAAAUUGUUUUUAAAAUUGUAAAAGAACACCAAAAAUUACUUUGUCAUAAUAGCUCAGGUUAUUUAUAUAAAGUGAACUUUUUCAUAAUGAGGUAAUAAAUGCCUGGAAAAUAAUGAUUUUGAUUGUAAAAUUAAUUAAAAUAAUCAAUAUCUCUAUGUCUCAUUUAAAGUGUAAAUGUAUUUAAAUAAAAACACGUUAAUGAUAGUUUGAAACAUGUAAUCAGUAUGUUAAGAUAAUUUU